AUGAAGUGGGGAGCGCGGUCGGCUGGUUUGGGCGCGGGCUUCUCGUCACCGACGACGACGACGACGACGACGACUACCACCACCACAAGCGCCGCCGGUAGCGCUGCUGCCACUCCGUCCUCCGCUUCUGCGGCGGCGGCGGCGGCGGCGGCUGCGGAUGGAAGCGGUGCCGUUGGGCGCGGAGGAGACGGCGGGGUAGAUGCCGCCGCUGGUGGCGCGAAAGGAGGAGGUAGCGGGGAGAAGGACAGCGCUGGUGGGAAAGGAGGCGUGUUCGGCAGCGGCAAAGGGUUCGCCGGCUUCGGAGUAGGGGGAGGGUUCGGGAGCAGCGGCUUGCCUGCCAUGAAGCCGCCCUCGUCAGCCGCAACGUUCUCUCCCUUCGGGUCGGUAAACCUGCCGGUCCCCAACCCUUCCGCGUCGUCGCCUCCGUCCCCGACGACGGCGUUCGGGAUCACCCCGCUCACCACCUCGACCCAAGGGUUCCCCUCCCAGCAGCAGCAGAAGUCGUCGUCCUCGCUGUUCAGCUCGUCUCCUACUACAACCAGCGGCGGGCAGCUGAAGUUCGGGCUCAGCCCCGCGGCCGCGGCUCCCGGAGCGGUCCCCCCUUCCUUCGGCUCCGCGGUGCCGACGUUCGGCAGCGCGGGGGAGAAGCCGGGCGACGGCGGCGGGGGUGCGACUAAGGCUGCUGCCGCGGCGCUGGCCGCAAGGGAGAAGCGUUUCGCUGCCCAAGCUUCUGGUUCUGCGGCUGCCUCGGCUGAGAAGAGUGCUGCUGGAACCACGGGUGCUGCUCCCGCCAGCGACACCGAUGCCGCCGGCGACAGGAACGCCUCUGGCGGGGUUUCGGGUAGCAGGGUUGCUGGUGACGAGGACGGGGAGGUUGACGAGGAAGACGAGGGCGACCCGGUCUAA